AUGAGUGACAAUAAAAAGAUAAGUUAAAAGAGAAAGCUUGAAACUGCUGAAGAUGUUUCACUUAAUAUUAAAGAACAAAACUAGAAAAAAAAUCCUAAUAAGAAGAAAGGGGAUUAAGCAGUAGUUGACGAAUUCGAAAAAAAUGAAAAUUUUGAAGAGGAAGAAGGAUCUGAAUUAGAAUUUGAAGAUUGUGAAGAUGAUAUAGAUGAUGAAUAUGUUGAUGAAAAGACAUACAAAAAGAUUAUGUAAGGAAAUUUCUAAGAAGAUGAAGAGGAAUGGGAAGACGAUGGAGAUGAUGACGAUGAUGAAAAUGAAGAAAUUGGUAAUGAAGAAGAAAAAUAAGACAUAAAUGCAAAGAAGAGAAAUAAAAAAAAUAAAAACUAAAAAGUUGAAUUUAUUGAUGUUUAAUAAAAGCCUUUCAUGGGUACUGAAAAGAAUUUAGAAGAAGAUGAAAUUCUAGAUUUCGAUAAUAAGGCAUACGAAAUGCUUCAUAGAGCUAACACUGAAUGGCCUUGCUUGUCAUGUGAUUUUGUAACUGGAGAACCUCAUAAUAUUAAUAACCCUGGCUUCUAAGAAAUGAAAAAGUAUCCUUAUGAUGUUUAUGUAGUAGCAGGUACCUAAAGCAAGUAAUAAAAUUUCAUAUACUUAAUGAGAUGGUCCAAAUUACAUAAGACAAAAUAUGACGAUGAUUCUGAUUACUAAGAUGAUGAUGAAGAUGAUAUCAAUAACGACGAUGAACCUGAGCUUGCUUUACAAAGUAUUUAAAUUAAAGACCCUGUUAAUCGUAUUAGAGCUAUGUAAAACUCACCACUUGUUGCAUAUUGGACUGAAAAUGGAGAUGUCACUAUUGCUGAUUUGUCAUCUCGUUAUGAUAUACUUAACUAAUGGGAUCCAAAAAUUUUAGCUUCAAAACCCAAAAACAAUCCUAAAGACAAAGUUUUUACCAAAACUUUCCAUAAUUAAGUUGAAGGUUUUGCUCUUGAUUGGAGUCCUAUUAAGCCUGGCAGAUUGGCUUCAGGUAGCUGUGAUGGCAAAAUAUUUAUUUAUAAUGCUAAGAAUUUUGCCUUUAACGAUUGGGAGAGAGAUCAACACCCUUAUGUUUACCACGAAGGAUCUGUCGAAGAUCUUUAGUUCUCUCCUGUUGAAGAAUACAGUCUUGCUUCAUGUUCAACUGAUGGAACAAUUAGAGUAGUUGAUUUAAGAGUAGGUAAUAAAAAAUAAGCUCAAUUACUUGUUAAAGCCCACGAAUGUGAUGUAAAUGUUAUUUCUUGGAACCACAAGAAUCCUUUCCUCAUAGCAUCAGGAGCAGAUGAUGGUUGCUUUAAAGUUUGGGAUUUACGUUAUCCUGACACUGCAUUUACAGAAAUUUAAUACCAUCAAGAACCAAUUACUUCUAUACAAUGGUAACCAAAUGAAGAAUCUGUUUUAUCAGUUACAUCUGCUGAUAACAGACUAACUAUUUGGGACUUUUCAGUUGAAAAUGAUGAAAACGUUGAAGAUUACGGAGAAGAAAUUCCUGAUUAACUUAUGUUUGUUCAUUAAGGUUAAUAAGACAUGAAAGAAUUAAGAUAUCAUCCUAAAUAUUAUGAAAUGAUAGUAAGCACAGCUGCAGAUGGUUUCCACAUAUUCAAACCUGCAUUAAACGACGAAGAAGAAAAUGAAAAAGAAAAGGAAGAUUUAGAAAAUGAAGAUUUAAGCAAAAUUCCUAAGAUAAAAGAAUCUGAUUUAAAUGCUUAUUUAGCUAAAAUGAGCUUAAAUUGA